AUGACGGGCUGCGGCCCGACUUUGGGUGAAACAAGGGCAUGUGAAACAGGAACUGCCGUUAGCUCCCAUGAUGCGACCAGAGAGGUCACAGUGACAGGCAUGCCGCCUGCUGUCACCCAUAGGGGCGUCGUACCCGCUCAUGCUACCUACCUACCUACCUAG